AUGAGGUGCAGCCCUAAGGUAGGGGGGAAGCGGGGAGACUUGGUUGAAGGGGUGCGGCCGCUGGAGGAGGAAAACGGCGGCGUUUAUGAGAAAGGGACUCGGGAACUACAGAAGCUGCUGCUGCUGCCUGGGGACAUCCAGCUGGCUCUCAUCCACCAAACAAGCCUGCAAGUUGUCUCUGGGGAUGAGCCCAGGGAGAAGAUUGAACUGGUCACCUACUUUGGGAAGAGACCCCCAAGUGUGCUGCACUGCACAACCAAGUUCUGUGACUACGGGAAGGCCACUGGGGCAGAUGAGUACGCCCAGCAGGAUGUGGUGAAGAAAUCUUACUGCAAGGCCUUCACGCUGACCAUCUCUGCCCUCUUUGUGACACCCAAGACAACUGGGGCCCGGGUGGAGUUGAGUGAGCAGGAGCUGCUGUUGUGGCCCAAUGACGUGGACAAGCUGUCCCUCACUGAAAGCCUGCCCCGGGGAAGCCGUGCUCACAUCACCCUUGGCUGUGCAGCUGACGUGGAGGCUGUGCAGACAGGCAUUGACCUCUUAGAGAUUAUAUGGCAGGAGAAGGGGGGCAACCGAGGCGAGGAGGUAGGUGAGCUAAGCCGGGGCAAGCUCUACUCCUUGGGCAAUGGGCGCUGGAUGCUGAGUCUGGCCAAGAAGAUGGAGGUCAGGGCUAUCUUCACGGGAUACUACGGGAAAGGCAAAGCUGUGCCCACGCACGGCAGCCGGAAGGGGGGUGCCCUGCAGUCCUGCACCAUCAUAUGAGUGUUCUCAGCAGCGCAGCCCCUUGCUCUUUAGAAGGGAAGGGGAGAACAGGGAAACACCCUCCGUUUGACCUGUGCUUUAAGAUCUUUUUUUUUUUUACUCAAAGUUAAUCUAACCUGUAACUUUUUGAAAACUUGUAAAAUAACUGCCCUUCCCUUCCUGCCUGCCCUCUUCCCCUCUGAUACUCAAGCUCUCAACACAGGGGGAGUAGGUAGGCACCAUUCAGGAACCUGAGCCUGGAGCUGCAGCCAGAACUCCAAGCUCUGCUGUGCCCCCAGGUACUGGCAGGCCCAGGCCCACUGCUCUGGCCAGGGGUGGGCCAGUGGAGAGAGACCUCAGAGCUGCAUAAAGCCAGCUGACUGAAGGCAAAGGUAAUGAGGCUGGGCUCGUAACCACAGCUAGGGAAAACUAGCGGCAGCUGUGGGAGGGGAGGGUCCUUGGGCUUUUUUCCCGUUUCUUAAUCAGUAUUAGCCUCAGGAAGGCCGGGGCUAUUUACCAGCACAGACAAAAGGGGUUUACCUCCCACCUUCAGUCCUAGGUUCCUGUCCCCUCCUUCGCACCGUAACUAGGUAAUAGUUUGAUAACCAGGGAAGAAAACAGAAUAAACAACAGCCACAUGCCAGGCUGGCUACUGGUCUCACUCCAGGACGGGGACGGGCUGGCCAUCCUGUCCAGUGGUGGGGCUCUCUUGUGAGCAUGGGGAGAUCAAGGCCAGAGACAGCAUGUUGGUGGGGAAGCUCCCGUCUUGCUGUCUGCCCAGCCCAUCUUGCCUCCAUGGUGCCUCUGGAGGCCUCUGGGCCUCCUCUAAAGGGGGUUGGUGGGUACUAAGAGCUGAUGGAGUAGACCCCUAGCUGGUAAGGACCAAGUCCCACCUGUUGCCUCUGGGAAGGGACUUUUAACACUGCUACAUGUGUUAUGGUUCCUGGGGUGCCCUCCACUGCCCUCUGCUCAGUAACAGGGCCUUGCUAAUCAGGUUGUCAGUCAAUGGAAGUGCUUGAGAUUUAAGUUACUAUCCUGGCUUUGCCCAAUCUUAGCAACUUGUAAGACUGAUAAUGAAAUAAAUCAUGUUAAUCCUA